AUGUAGAUGAGACUUCAGGGAGUCGACCCCUGCUGGUCAUUAUAGAGAACGCAGGUUUAAAGCACUGUCUAAGUUAAAUUUGAAUUUCAGUCAGAUUUUAUAUUUAAAAACACGCACAUUCACAGAGCUCCUGACUUCCUCCUCCUGAAGCUUUAAAAGCAUGAGCCUUAAAGCUGUAGACUUCCAUCCCCACCUGUUGCAGAAAUCUCACAUCUCUUCUAGUUUUGUCUUGUUUUUAAGUAAACUAUCAGUCCUCGCCUUCCUUUAAAGAACCAGAUACGAAGUAGAGAGGAGCACUGAUGCGCCACAGCUGUGUUUCAGUCAUUUAAGAGUUUCUGUGAAAGUUGAAGGGGGAGAUCACACUGAGUGCUGCGUGUCCUGUUCCAUUUUCUCUCCAAUCACCAAACGGCUUGGAGUUUCUAGUUACUUUAGUUGCUGUUGCUAUGGAGAUGACACAAAGUUUUCACCCUGGAUACUUGGUAGCAGUCACAGAUGAGGCCAGUUCAUAGCAUAGUGAUGCAGGUUCAGUCGGUUCCCCUCGGCUCUGUUACCAUCGGACCGCAGUCCUGGCGCGAGGGUACGGUCCGCUCCAUUCGGCGUGCUGAGCGCCUGGUCCGGCAGACUCGAGCCGGGCAGCCCGCUGCGUGCAGCCAGCCCCGGAGCGGCAGCAGCAGCGCCGCUGCAGGAGUAAGCCUAAAGCGCUCAGACGGCACAGCGGAAGUCACAGCCAGAGAUAAGAUAAGAGCGGAGGCGUGCAGACCGAGGAGUCGUGACUGCGUCUGCAACAAGAAGAUAUCAAGACCCCAAAGUGCAGGAGCCAUGUUCCCUGGUGGCUCUCAGAGGACACCUGUGGCCCCGUUCCCACCUUCCAGCCUGCGUGAGCAGUGUGCCGGAGCCAGUGUUGCUGUAGUUGCUGACUACAUGCGCAGAGUUCGGGAGGUGGAGGUCCAGCUGCGCAGGCAGGCUGGCAGAGUGACCGAGGAAGGUGUCAAGCUGGAGAGAGAGCGAGGACAUCUGGAGAGGAUGCUGCGCAGUCUUAGGACCAAUCUGACCAUCAACCAGAAGAGCUCGGAGGGGAGAACCAGGAGGCCAUCCACCACUGAGACGGAGAGAGAUGGUGCUGAUUACUUGCUGCUGUGGGAGAGGAGAGAGCUGGCUGAGCUGAAACAGGAUCUGGAGGGAACACUGAAAACCACACUGAGCCAGCUUCAGGCCCUGGGUGAGAGCAGCAGACAGCUGCUGGACUGUGCCAGUGAGAGGGCUCGAGUACUGGAACUGCUCCCUCUCAGUGGCUCUGCUGGAGGACAUGACUCUGCACCUCAGACCUUUAUCAAAACAGACCCCAUCAGCCCCUUUACUCCAGAGUGUAAAAAGGCUUCAGAGUCGUCCUCUCUGAGGGUCAACCAGUCGCAGCUACUGAGAGAAACCAUCAGACGGACGCUAACCAGCGCCAUCAGCAGGCAGAAAGCUGCUCAUUGCGCUGUCAACGACGGCCUGGUGAAAAAAAUUGCAGAGACAGUCACUCUGCAGCAAAAUCUGGCGCUGACGUCUGCAGCCACCCGGCAGGCCAUGUUUCGUAAGCAGAGGGAGAUCAACUGCAUUCGUCACAGCCACGGCAGAGCACAGGGUCCAGAGUACAGCGGCGAUCUUCUGUCCAGAGAGAAGCUCAACAGGCCUCUGGUGAAGGUUUAUCAGAGACACCCGGGGACACAGUUACCUGAAGCUGCUCAGCUCAUUCAGAGCGGUGCAGCGCUCAGACGAUGUCUUAAGUCCUCUGAGGGUGAGCUGGGGAAGCUGGAGCACACAUGUCUGCAGCUGCUGGAUGACCUGCAGGGCAAGAGAGCUGCAGCUCAGGUGGACGCAGCUGUGGUCCGCAUGAGGCGUCAGCAGGUCGACAAGCGAGCCAUGCCCGCUUUCCUCCAGCAAGGGGCGCUGUGAUGCUAAUUUAGUUAAUGAUGGGAACUAUUUACAGGUUAAAGAACAUUAGAACAGCUUGAAAAUGCACUUUAAGGUAAAAUGUUCAUGCACA